AUGAUUAAUGAUAUUGGAUCCACAGAAGAGAAAGGAGAAAAUGAAGAGAAAAUAGAGACAAAAGAAAAAUCUUUAAAGUUCACGCGUAGACUGAAAGAGUUCCUUUUCAUUGGUUCCAAAAAAAGUUCAGAAGAAAAAAAAAGUUCAGAAAAACAACAAUUUAAAGAUUCCCAAAUCGAUUAUGAAAGUAAAGUGGAUCAGUUAAGAACAUAUUUAGAAGAACUUGGUCAUCCUUUAGAAACUACCCAAAUAGAAGUUUUACUGGAAACGAAUGACUGGAAUGUAGCUGAAGUUGCUGAGUAUUGUAAAGAUUUGUGUGAAGCCGAGGAAGGUUUGAUUGCAGAUCUUCAAAAAAACGAUGUAAUGAUAGGGGCAGAAAAUGAUCAAAAUACUAGUUGUUAUAUAGAUAGUUUGUUAUUUGCAAUGUUCGCCAGAACGCAAUCUUUUGAUGGUAUGCUUUUCGCUCAACCUGAAAAUACAAAAGUACGGGAUUUACAAACUCACUUACGACUAUUUGUUAAUCGACUUCGAAUGGGAAAAUUUAUGAGCGCAUAUAUGAUUAAGCAACUUCGUGAACAAUUAUUAAAUUGUGGUUGGAUUGGUAAAAAUGAUGCAGGACAUACAACGCAAGAGGAUGUUAGCGAAUUAUUCUUAUUUUUAUCUUGUCUUUAUGAAUUACCAUAUCUUCCUCUCGGAAUGCAUUUGUUUCAUGGGGGAAAUAAGGAUCCUAAUGAUGAACGUGUAGUCACCGAACGUUUAAUUCAAGUCGCUAUACCUGGUGAUCCGCAUGAUGAGAAACCAGUUUCUUUAGAGGAAGCAUUGAUGAAUUAUUUUCAAGAUAAUAUAGUGUCAGGAAUUAAACGAUAUUUGACAGAUGAUAUAAAUCAUAAAACAGAAGUUUCUGCUUGGCAAGUUUUGAAACUUUUACCUUUCUAUUCUGCGGGUAAUGAACAAGGUGAAAAUAUAAAAGCAUCUGAAUCCCAUUUUCCUACAAAAAAUCUUAUGCUGCAAUUAGUAUUAAAACGAUAUGGCUUUAAUGAUAAAUUGCAACCUUUUCGAAUAAAGAAGAAUGUAUAUAUUCCUCCUUAUGUCAACUUUAACCCUUUUGUGAAUCCAGAAGCUGAGGAUGAACAACCUUGUCAUUGUGGAAUAGAUGUACAUUAUCGCCUAAAAUUGAGAUCAGUAGUUUGUCAUUAUGGAAAGACCCUUAAUUGUGGACAUUAUAAAGGAUACGUAUUGGACGAUGUACAAGGAUGGUUUCGGUUAGAUGAUUUAAACGUACUUGAACGAGUGAAGAGAUUUGAUAAUUUACAAGAUGUCACAUUACUUUUCAACAAUUUUAGUCAAAACGCGUAUUUACUUUUUUAUGAAUUGCAACGUAUGCAUCCUGGUGUAAUAGAAGAUGAAUUGGCAAUAGAAUAUGAUUAUAAUGUUGCUCAAAAUUUGCAAUUUGUGGAAUUUUCUCAUGAUAAAGGAAAUUGUUUUUUACAAUAA